UGACCGUGGCGAGGGCCCGCCUCCCAUCCCGGAAGGAGGCGUGAGCAUGGAGCCUGCCACGACUGUCCAGCGCCCGGCCGGUGCAGCUGCCUAGGGCGCCCCGGGGGCUCCGUGGGAGCGCGCCUGUCGCGCGGCUCCGGGGACUGGGGGGGCCAGGCGCUGCGCGGAUGGCCCUGCUCCAGCGGCCGGUGCUUGCUCUCCUCCUCCUCCUCCUGACCAGCGAGCUCAGGUGCCAGGAGCAAGCCCAGCCCACCGACUGGAGGGCCACCCUGAAGACCAUCCGGAAUGGCGUUCACAAGAUCGACACGUACCUGAACGCCGCCCUGGACCUCCUGGGAGGCGAGGACGGGCUCUGCCAGUAUAAGUGCAGUGACGGAUCUAAGCCUUUCCCACGUUAUGGUUUUAAGCCCUCCCCGCCGAAUGGAUGUGGCUCUCCACUAUUUGGUGUUCAUCUUAACAUCGGCAUCCCUUCCCUGACAAAGUGCUGCAACCACCACGACAGGUGCUACGAGACCUGUGGCAAAAGCAAGAACGACUGUGACGAGGACUUCCAGUAUUGCCUGUCCACGAUCUGCCGAGAGGUGCAGAAAACGCUGGGACUGGCUCAGCACGUUCAGGCAUGUGAAACAACAGUGGAGCUCUUGUUUGACAGUGUUAUACAUUUAGGCUGUAAACCAUACCUGGACAGCCAACGAGCCGCCUGUAGGUGUCGCUACGAAGAAAAAACUGAUCUUUAAAGAAGAUGCUGCCAGGUGGUGACAGCAGAUGAGGAUGGAAGAACAUAACCUUUGGCAAAGAACUAAGGUUUUCACAACAUAAAGCUGCCUUAUUUCUGUGAAAGGAUUAUUUUAAGACCUUAUUUUGACAUUAAAACUUCAAACUAAAGAACAAGUGGGGAAGUUUAUGUUCCUGGACGUUGCUGCCUUAGUGUGCGAGAUUGUCUUGUCCAAUGUCAGAGAGAGCUGCAUUUUGUUAAGGGGACAAUUUUUUUAAAGAAAGAGUCUGUAACUUCGUUUUCACAAACAUUAUUUAUAAAACAAAUGAGGUCAAAUUCAUUAUAAGGUAUGUUCAACAUAUCUUGCUUGGAAAUAUGGGGAGAUCUUCACUCAGAAGUAUAUUUGUUUACUAUAAAAUUUUAAAUAUACAUUUAUACCUGGAAAGAUCUAUUUUUUCUCUAUUUUAAUUAACACAUAAGAAGCUGUUUUUCUGUAGCCCACUGAGCAUAUGAAUAAGUCACACUUCCACUACUGAUGGGACUAGUUACAAGGACAAGGUUUCCAUUGUUCUGUUGUAAAAUUGGAACCAUCAGCUGGUAACCUCUUAGGGAACAAAACCAGGAUAUCUAGGUAUUAUGCAAUAUGCUUAGAAGGUGACAUGAACAAAAUUCAGAAGCACAGCCACUCUCAUUUUAUGAACCACUCAUAGGACAAAUGUCAUAUUUUGCUAUAACCUUUGCCUAGACUGGAGAAAAGAUGGGAUUAACGAGACAAAUGCAAAGUUGUUUAACAUACACAUCAGAGCACUAUAUGCUGUGAUGCUUUGGUGUUUAUUUCUAGCACUUGCUCCUCAUAGUAUAAUAGAUUCUGG